AUGAAGAGAUUAAAAGGCGAGUAUCCAAGUGCAAGGAGGUUCAAAUUAUCAUAUUUUUUGUUGGGUAUUGCUGCAUUAUACUUGACUCUUAUCUGCUUUAAGUUCCCCGAGUUUUUCGAGACUGCAGAAGUUUUGAGUAGCGAUGAUAGUGAUUUGGGUAUAUAUGACUUGUCCAUUGGGAAUGAUGAGGAUAAAAAAAUAAGUAAAUCGCACCAGAAUUCUGUUUCUAUGGAUGGAUUUCACCGAAUAUUACAAAAUAAUGAGAAUCAAGACGAUAUUGUAAAGCCUCGACAGGAAGCCUCACCUGAGGAAAAGGAUGGUGCUCGACGUAUAAAGCCUAUUCAACAUCAAUAUAGUCGAACAACUGCUGAAAUUUUGAGGCGAAUGGGUGUUCUUGGCUACGUGGUGGAUGAUGGUGAUAAUGUGGCGGAACCGGUGGUGUUGCAAGCAAUGGUUAUGGACAAGAGGCAUGAGUUAAUGAGCUCAGUGAAUUGGCUUAAGUUAUGA